ACCUGAUGAUUGUUUAGCACUAUAAAACCGUGUCCCCUUAAAAACACAAGGAACACGCAGGGAGACACAUCGAGCAGCACAUCUCUUGCAGUUUAUGCCUCAGUUCUGUUGACCCCAGUCCUUAACAUGACUCUGCAUUAUCUUUCCCAAAACAAAUCCUGUGGUGAGCAAGCAUUUGCCCAGUCAGUUCCCCCACCAAACUCAGGCACACUCAAACACAAACAGUUGGCGAGAUGGCUAAAAAUGACUGGCGUAUAAAUAGCCCACCUCCCAUGCAGCAAAGAGGGGGCUUUCCUGAAGUGCUGGUGAUUGUGUAAGCGUCAGCAGGGUGGAUCACAUACAAACCAUACAGCGAACAGGAAGACACUGGAACAAACAGGCCGCCAGAUCCGUUUAGGUCAGUGCAGCCCAACAGCUAGCUGGUUCGGAAAUCGACCAGAACCCUCACAUGGCGUCCCCCUCCGAGGAGACCCCUCAGCCUGAAGCCGAACCCGUGUGCCCAGGCUGCCAGGGUCCCCAGCCCCUGCUGCUUCCUUGCGGGCACAGCCUGUGCCAGGCCUGCCUGACGCUAUGCCAGGGGGCGCUGGGGCAGGACCAGUCUGGCUGCACGGAGUGCUAUGGGAAGGAGCUGCUGAGCACCGUGCUGAAGGGGCUGCUGGACUCGCUCUUCCAGGGCCAGCCCAGACGACCGACGCGCCUGGGGGCCGAAGGAGAGGGGGAGCAGGGGGGAGAGGAUGGGCAGAGGGCAGGGGAGGUGUGCGCGGAGCACGGGGAGAAGAUGGUGCUCUACUGCACGGAGGACGAGGAGCUGGUGUGUGAGGAGUGUGUGAGAGAGGAGCAUGAAGAUCAUAUAACCUGCUCCACAGAGGAGGCCGUGGAGCACUGUAAGAGAGAUCUGAGGUCUGCCCUGAGGCCCUUGCAGAAGAAGCUGGAGACUCUGAACACUGCCAAGCAGAACUGUGACUGCACAGCAGACCACAUCAAAAAACAGUCCCAGCAUACAGAGAGGCUGCUGAAAGCAGAGUUUGAGAAGCUCCACCAGUUCCUGCGUGAUGAAGAGGCUGCUACCACGGCUGCACUGAAGGAGGAAGAGGAGCAGAAGACCCGCACAAUGAGAGACAGGCUGGACAAACUGUCGGGAGAGAUUGCUUCUCUGAUAGACGCCAUCAGCACAGCUGAGGAGGCCAUGGAAACGGAUGACAUGCUAUUGCUAAAUAACUAUAAGAAGAUAUCUCAAAGAACCCAGUGCACAGUACCUGAUCCACCAGAAAUAUCAGAAUCGCUGAUUGAUGUUGCUCAACACCUGGGGUGCCUUAAAUACAGAGUCUGGGAGAAGAUGCAAACCAUCGCUCAGUACAGCCCUGUAACCCUGGACCCCAACACAGCAGACAUCUGUCUGUCCGUGUCUGAUGACCUCCUCACUGUCCGCUACACAGAGGAGGUGCAGCAGCUGCCAGCCAACCCCGAGCGCUUCAGCUCCUACGAGUGUGUGCUGGGCUCCGAGGGCAUCUGCUCCGGCCUCCUCGUGUGGGACGUGGAGGUGGGCGACUGCUCCGAGUGGGCCCUCGGUGUUGCCACGGAGACUGUGCGGCGCAAGGAGUGGUUCCCGCCCAGCCCCGAGCGUGGCAUGUGGAUCAUCUGCCUGUUCGCCGGCGAUUACCGCGCCCGCACCGCCUCCAACGAGCCCCUCGCGCUGAAGAAGAAGCCGCAGAGGGUCCGGGUGCAGCUGGACUACGAGAGAGGCCGGGUCACCUUCUCCGACCCCAGUGACAACACACUGCUGUACAGGUUCAAGCACAAGUUCACUGAGACGGUGUUCCCGUACUUCUCCAACACCUGCAAGCGCCACCCACUGCGCGUCUCCACUGGGAAAGUGACGGUCAUCACUGACUAAGCUGUACCAGUGCUUCAGUAGGCUCUGUACUCUGUGCAGUAAGUCAAACUAACCAAUAGUGACUGUGUGAACUUCAAACAAACAAGUGCUUUACUAAGACCUUUGAAUUUGGGCAUGUCCUUUACAAUAGCAAGACCAGUAGAGCUUCAGACAUUCAAAGGGGAAUGGUGUGCUUUAAGGCAAAUGACAUUUGCACAGUCAGGAGGGAAAUGUACAGAAAUGUAGUUGUGGGAUAGUGUUGCCUUUUCAGCACAGUGCCUCUAAGAAUGAUGUUUAGGUGAGUGGCGCUAUGACCUCUGGAAUGGAACAGUUUGCUGUGUGCCUUAUUCCAGAUAGUUGAAUAGUGUCAUCACUCACAUGAUAUUGGGCUUAGUAAGAGUUUAUCACAAAAACAGAUCUGAAUAUCAUCAGUGGUCCUGCGUUUGGCUUGAAAUGGUGUGUAGUAGUAUGUGCUGUGUUUAUUGUGUCUGCAACAGGUUUUGUUUUCUGAAACUGUGGGAAGAGAUGUUACAAUCCUUUCUGAAAGGGGGUGUGUGAUGUGGUGAUGUGAGAUAUCAUUACCGAAGAUGCCGUAUACCAUCCUUAAGCAUGCCACAUGCAUUUUAUGUACAUAUAGAACGGACAGUGGAAAUGUUGUGUAGACACUGUCUGGAACUGACAGGGUACUUCUCUGAAUCUGAACUCAUUUAACAUUAAUGGCUUGAAACGAGAGACUAGAAUUGCAGAAGUUAUUGCAUUUUGCACUUUUGCAUACACAUAAAAUGCUGGUGUUCAUUACUGAAGUCUCUUUGAUGGGUAUAAUCUCUUGAGAGUGUUAUAUAGAUGUUUUCGACGUUUAUAGAUGUGACAGAAAUAAAGACUUUUUAGACAAAA